GAUCCAUACCUUAAUACAUCUUUAUCCAUUCCGUGCGUCACGAGUCCUUAUCAGGUCUAACAACCUGGAGACUUCAUCCUACUCGACUCCUGGCCAUGCAAUAACACCAACCCAAGAACAACCACCACACCAUGCCGCCCGCCCUCGACAUCUCCAUCCCCACCACCUCCACCUCCACCCCCUCCGACACGAGCAGUAAACCCUACACCCUCUACCACGUCACCCUGCAACUGCCCAUCCGCGCCCACACACUCCAAAAGCGAUACACCGACUUUGCCAACCUGCACGCCGCCCUCGAGGCGCAAACAGGCGCCGCGCCGCCCGUCGCGCUCCCCGCGAAAUCCUGGCUGCGGCGGACGGUGAACAAUGCGGCGUUGGCGGAGGAGAGACGCAAAGGGUUACAGGCAUAUUUGAAGGGGAUUAUUGAGGCGGAGGACGCGAGGUGGAGGAGCAGUGCUGCGUGGCGGGGGUUUUUGAAUUUGCCUGCUGGUGGGAGCACGUUGGGUGCGAAUGGGGUGUUGUCUACUACGUCUGCUGCGAAGAGGCCGGGGAGCGGUAGUGGUGGUGCCGGCAGCGGCGCCGCUGAUCCCAACGAGUGGCUGGAUGUACAUCGCGAUUUGAAGACGCAGAUUCAGAGUGCGAGGCAGUUGCUCAAGCAGCGCGAGGCAGCUACGAGUGCGCUACAGCAGCAUUCUUUGGGGGCAGAUGCGAAGGCUAGUUUGGUGCGGGCUGCGGCGGCGAUCGCGCAGUUGGAGGAUGGGUUGAGGGGAUUAGGGGAGGGGAAGAAGUUGGGGGAGGGAGAGAUGCGGCGGCGGAGAGAUAUGGUGGGAGCGGCGAAGAAGGAGGUAGAAGGGCUGGAGGGGGUAUUGAGGAGUAUGGCGAGUAAGAGCGCGAGUAGUGGCGGGAGGGCGGCGGAUGGAGGGGGAGGAGCUGCUGCUGCAACAGAGGGAGACAGAGAGGGGCUGUGGAAGGGGACGGCGAAUGCGAAGGCUGGUGGUCGCGUGCUGGGUGGACCACUGCGUGAGACGGAGCGGACGCGGGAGCAGGACAAUACGGGGGUGCUGCAGGUGCAGAAGCAGAUUAUGCAGGAGCAGGAGGAGGACGUGAUGGAGCUGGGCAAGACGGUGUCGCGGCUGAAGGACAUGGGGAUCAUGAUGGAGGAGGAGCUGACCAUCCAGAACCAGAUGUUGGGCAUCACGGAGGGGGAUGUCGAUCGCUUGCAGGGCAAGAUUAAUGUGGCCAAAGGGCGGAUCAAGAAGAUUAGCUAGGAGGAGGCAUGAUGGGGGAGGGUUGUCUGCUUUGCUGCGUUCCAGCCCUUGCCAAUGCAUAUAGCGAACAUGAUGCUGAUGUGAUGGCUUCUCGCGCUUUCUCCAAUUACAAGGCUGUGUAUCUGACAUAUAUCGAAU